AUGCGGAAGUCAAAAUCCCCAAAGAAGCACGACAAGGACAAGAACAAGAAAAAGUACAAGCACGACUCCGACACGCAUCCUUUGAACCUGCCUCCGGACCAACUACGUAAACUCACCGUCCAGAUGGCUCGACAAGAGGCUGAGGCUGAGGCCAACGCCAACAAGCAAUCAGCGGCCCCAGAAAAAGAUGUCCCGGAGACAAACAAGACUGAAUUCACCUUGCCCCAGGGCAACUCGCCACCAGGCCAACCGUCCAAAAAUGCUCCAGACGCUUCUCCCGAGGCAGCCGAUGAAGAGACGACGAACGGUGUCAAUGGUCAUGACGAGCGAAGUCCGACACCUCCACCGCACCGAGUUCCUCCUGCGCCUAAAGUCGAUCCGGAAGCAUGCAAGGCCGCAGGUAACAAAUUCUUCAAGGCUAAAGAUUAUGAUCGAGCCAUCGAGGAAUAUACCAAAGCCGUCGAAGCAGAUCCUUCCAAUCCGACCUAUCUGUCGAACAGAGCCGCCGCUUACAUAUCCGCCAACAAAUACAGCCAGGCACUGGGAGAUGCAUUGCAGGCGAGCAGAUUAGAUCCCGAUAAUGACAAAAUCCUCCACCGUCUUGCUCGAAUUUACACCUCUCUUGGUCGACCUCAAGAUGCCUUGGACACAUAUGCAAGAAUUCCAAAUGCGUCGGCCACAGAUACAGCUGCGGCCCACAAAGCCCUGCAAGCCAUCGAAGUCGCGGAGAAACAAAUCAACUCAGAGGACGGCAACGGCAACAUGGCGAUCUGGAGCAUUGAACAAGCCAGGCAGACGUUGGGACCUGGCACACCCACGCCACGGAGAUGGCAGAUCUUGAAGGCGCUUGCCAAUCUCAAGGUUGGGACUGCAAAUGCGCUUGGGGAGGUUCAAGCAAUUGCCCAGAGCCUACUGCGUGAGAAUCCAAUGGAUGCUGAAGCCAUGGUCCUCGCUGGACGAGCAUUCUAUCUGAGAGAUGAGAAAUCUCAGCAGGGCAAGAGUGAUUAUGAACGUGCAGAAGAUUAUUUCCGACAAGCAUUGUCGCUUGAUCCUGACAAUGCCGAUGCACGGAAAUACUUGCGCACAAUGAAGAAACUGGACAGAGCCAAGACGGAGGCCAACGAUUUGUUUAAACGAGGCAGGUAUUCGGAGGCAGUGGCGGCAUACACGGAAGCCUUGACAAUUGAUCCCACCAACAAGGCCACCAAUGCCAAACUCUUGGGGAACCGGGCCAUGGCCCACAUGAAGAUCAAGGAAUUCGAGGAGGCCAAGGCCGACUGUGAUCAAGCGUUGAAACUGGACCCGUCCUACAUGAAAGCGCGCAAAACUCGCGCCAAAGCCACAGGAGAGGCCGGUGAUUGGGAGCAAGCCGUGAAAGACUGGAAGGCGUUGGUGGAGGACAACCCAUCUGAUUCCGAGUUGAACAAGGAACUGCGCAAUGCAGAGCUGGAGCUCAAGAAGUCCAAGCGCAAGGAUUACUACAAGAUCCUCGGAGUCGACAAGGACGCUGGUGACAAGGAGAUUGAGAAGGCCUACAAACGCAAAGCGGCGGUCCUGCAUCCUGACAAGACGAUGGGAGACAAGGCCAAAGAAGAAGAAUUCAAAGACUGUCUCGAGGCCAAGGAGACGUUGCUCGAUCCGCAGAAACGCCAUAUCUACGAUACGGGAGCGGAUCUGAUGGAGCCUGGCAUGGGGGGCAUGGGAGGGUACCCUGGCGGAAUGGGAGGCUUCGGCGGCAUGGGCGGUGGCGGCGGUGGUGUCCAGAUCGACCCUGAAAUGCUGUUCAACAUGAUGAAUGGCAUGGGUGGAGGAGGAGGUGGUGGUGGUGGUGGAGGCGGGUUUAGAUACAGCAAUGGUGGUGGACGGGGUGGAUACUCGCCAUUUGGUUGA